UUUUAUUUCCCUCACGCAAAUCCCAAAGCGAGUCGAUCGAGUCCGUUCUUAUAUGCAUUGAUGCCAUUUCAAACAGCUCUCAAGAAUGAAAGCUUAGGCUUGCAGACAUGGCGGUUCUUUGCAUCUGCUCAAAUUCUUUGUCGCAGUUGUCUUUCCAGGCGGAUCGAGUCAUCGAGAAAUAUGCGUUUUUACAGUAAACGAGACGUUACCCGGCUUUCUCAGCACGCUGCUUAUUCUCGAUACUUGUCGAAAUGGAGUCAUUUGCUCGUUCUUGCUUUCUCGAGUUCCAGUGGUUCACUUUCGAGAUCUCCACUAUCUGUGGCUCCUCAUCGCCGUCUCCUGAUGCGCUCACAAUAUGCCUGUUUCUCGACUCGGGGUGACUUGCUUCCUCCGCCAUUCAACCAAGAAGCUGCUGAUGCGGAAUUGCUCGUUACUAAACUACGAGAUCUUUUAUACCAGUCGAAAAACGAAUGUACCCCUCGACAAAAGCCAAAGGGUCGUAGUCGGCAUGUCCGUCUCUGGAAGCAUCGACGAAAGCAGAGCGAAAUGCUCAUGGAUAUAUACAAGCGUCUACGAUUAACUCCUGCGGUUAAUGAGCUGACGAGCCAGGAUUUUGAUACCCUAAUAGAGAUAUUACACCCACUGCAUCGUGAACCUCUGGAAGAUCUGAAUGUGGAAAACGCAAUCAUCGUGUUGGAAGAUUUGAAGAAUUUGACAUCGGAGAACGCCAAGUUUUCGAUCAAGGAUGCCGAAACUCUGACAGCGCUGUAUAGACAAUCAAAAAAGGGCCGGGAUCUGGAUCAACUAUCCGAGCAGAUGAACCAGUUGGACGAGCCUAUAUCGCAGACAAUGUACGACAACAUGAUUGCUCUGUUGGCAGAAGAGAAACGAAUGGAUCUGGCGGAGAAAUGGGUUCAGCGAAUGAAGGAUGAGAAAGCGUGGCCUCCGAGCGAAGUUGUUGUUGGUGCUUUGGUCGAUGGUUGGUUACGCCUGGGAGAGCAAGAAAAAGCGGUUCAGUUGGUGAAAACGCAUGCGGAUGUCCUCAAAUCAUACGCUACAAAACUACACGCCACCAUUGCACAUAAGCGAGACGAUCGUGAAAUCUUGGAGUCGGCACUGAAUGUGUUUGCUUUUCAAUGUAUUCACGAUAGCCGUUGGAACGACGCAAGAAAAUUUUACCAUCGAAAACGCGAAUUGGACUUGUCUCAUUUUACUAAAUCUGUCGAUCCGAUCAUUCGCCUACUAGCGGAUAAAUCCGUUUUCUCGCAGCAGUUCUCAUUCACCCACGACGUUCUCAAGGAUACAGCCUCCUGCAAGGAUAUCGACAGCUAUAAAUAUGCGUCCAGGAGACUCAUUCGGUGGUUCUUAGUCGCGAAGCGUCCUCAUCAUGCAGUGAAGAUUAUUGAUUUUGCCACAGCCAACGGAAUAGCGCUUGCACCUGAAGAAUACCGGGAUGUGAUAUCGGGAGCAUCCAAAAGAAAGCUUUUUAUCGACGUUGUGCGCGUGUACCAUCGUAUGAAAUCCGUCCAUCCGUCAGCUUUGACACAGAAGACAUACGGCGACGUACUGAGGUGCCUACUCUACUCCAAGCAACUCGAGACGGCCAAAACGAUCUUUGAUCACCUUGUGGAAGCGCUUCGUGGAAGCACCCCCCCUCGACGGGAUAUCCUCAAUGCUCUUUACGCUGUUUGUGCGCAGACCGGUAACUUGGAUUUUUUUGGCAAACUAAUUCAAAUGAGCGAGAACGUCCAAGUACCUUUAUCCCACAAGGCUCUUACUUCGCUGAUGUCAACGUAUGUCGCUGCGGGAGAUGUCAGAGCGGCUAAAGCGACAUUCCAGUCUAUUGUCACCAAAACUGCCGGACCGGAUACCGUGGAUUUCAACCUUUUGGUACGCACGGUUGCAAUGGAACACGGUCCCACUGAUUUGGUGAAAAUCAUGGAAAUCUUGAAGCAUAUGCGUCUUGUCAAUGUACCGCCCGAUCAGACCACCCUACGAACGAUUACCGAUAUUUACAAAGACGCCGAUCCGUUUGUGGAAAAGGAGCUGCUGCACAAACUUGUCAACCACCCCGAUUCGAAAUUCUACGAUGAAGCCUGGAUCAACAACAUUGCUUUCACACGUUUGGUCGAGCAGAAUCAACCGACCACUGCCGCCAAAAUCCUUCUACGAAACGACCGAGGUGCACUGUUUCCAUACGCGAAAGGACAAACGAUUAAGUUUGAUUACAUGACGUAUAAAGUCCUCCUUGAUGGUUUACUCAAGAAGCCUGAACAUUUGGAACUGGCGGAUCGGUUAUUCAACCAUAUGCGCACCCGGUGUAUCAAGCCAAAUCAAGAAAUUUACACCCUCAUUGCACUUGGCUGGGCCAAGAAAGGAGACAUUCAACGCGCAAAGAAAAUACUUCAACUACUGAAUCGGGAUCUUGGAACAACCAUAGAUACGAGUGAUUUCCAAGAUCUGAAAAAGCGUAUCUUUAAAAUUGAACAGCAUAAAGAUUUGCAAGUACAUACAAUUUAAACGUCUAAUAAAUUCCCCUACCCUCAGCUGUGUAUAUCAUCC